AACCCUCCAAUCGCAGAUCCCCGGAGGCGGGUCUUUGCCGUUCGCGUUUGACAGCGAGCCGUGUGACGUCACGAGAACCUCGGCUCACCAACGCAGGCUCAGAGAUGCUGUGAGCGCGAGACCACAGCAUCUUUCAGUCACACGAUCCGGAAAAAAAAGCACGCAUCUCCGUCAAAGCCCGUAUCCGCACACACCGCAUCCUCCUCCUCCUUCUCCUCCUCCUCUUCUCCGGACUUUACUGACAUAGGCUUCCUAACCCCAAAGCACUCGAGGCUACGUUCAUGCAAGAGCUAAGGAGCGCUUCAGACGCAGCGUUUUUUGUUUUGCCUCCUUUCCUUUCUCAUUAUUUAUUCGACACAUUUCUUGUCUAAUCUAUUUUUGGGGACUAAGCAUCCUUUUCUCCUAUCCAUGCGGAGAGCACCGUUACAGAAGACAAAGCUUGAUAAGUUAUAAAAGGGAAUAAGAGUCCGCCGUUUCCACCGGACAACCUCAUCAACAGAACAACAGAACAACAACCUGCUCCCUGAAUGUUAAUGUGAAUCCUUGUUCAGUCGCGCAUCGUUCCGCAGGCAGGCAGGCAGGGCUCAGUGUGCUCUUCCAGCCUGCGUUUCCACGAGCUUACAGCGCAUCUGUAACCAGGCACACGAUAUACAUCGGCGCACCCGCAGCUCAAACCUCUGCUUUUUUAUUUUAUUUCAUCCCAGUCUGAGAUUUUGGCGGACAGGACCGGUUUCGACACGCUUCGUGCGACGGAGAAGCGCGGCGGAGUAUCGGCGUCCGUGAGAAAAUGAUGGCCGGAGGGGCAGUGCAGCAAAACGGCAUUUUUUCCAAUCCGCACCACCACAAUCAGCAACCGCACAUGGAGUCGGACCCGCCGGACUCCCGCAAGAGACCGCUGGAGACGCCGACCGAGGCGAGCAGCACCAAGCGCACCAACACGGGGGAGGAAGGUGAGUACUUCUUGAAGGUGCUGAUUCCCAGCUAUGCUGCAGGCUCUAUUAUUGGCAAGGGAGGCCAGACCAUUGUACAGCUCCAGAAAGAGACAGGUGCCACCAUCAAGCUGUCCAAGUCCAAAGACUUCUACCCAGGAACGACUGAGCGAGUGUGUCUGAUCCAGGGCACUGUGGAGGCCCUUAACAGUGUCCAUGAUUUCAUAGCCGAGAAGGUCCGGGAGAUGCCUCAGAGCGCCGCCAAAACAGAGCCAGUCAGCAUACUUCAGCCACAGACCACGGUCAACCCAGACCGCAUCAAACAGGCCAAGCUGAUUGUACCCAACAGCACAGCAGGGCUGAUCAUCGGUAAAGGUGGUGCUACGGUGAAGGCAGUUAUGGAGCAGUCAGGAGCAUGGGUGCAGCUCUCACAAAAACCAGAGGGUAUCAAUCUGCAAGAGCGUGUUGUAACCAUCAGUGGGGAACCUGAGCAGAACCGCAAGGCUGUGGAGAUAAUAGUACAGAAAAUCCAGGAGGAUCCACAGAGCAGCAGCUGCCUUAACAUCAGCUACUCCAAUGUCACAGGCCCUGUGGCCAACUCCAACCCAACAGGUUCACCGUAUGCUAACUCAGCAGAGGUGAUGCCUGCUGCAGCUGCUGCAGCUGCCGCCACAGCCUCCAGCCUCUUGGGGCAGGCCAGUCUGGCAGGGGUGGGUGCCUUUCCUGCUGCUGCCAUGUCCAGCUUCUCAGGAAAUGACCUCCUGGCCAUCACGUCAGCUCUUAACACAUUGGCUAGCUACGGAUAUAACACCAAUUCCCUGGGUCUGGGGCUCAAUCCAGCUGCUGCCUCAGGGGUCCUAGCAGCUGUGGCAGCCAGUGCAAACCCUGCUGCUGCUGCAGCGGCCAACCUACUGGCCUCCUAUGCCAACGACGCUUCCACCAGUGCCGGUCACCCUGCCACCGGCCUGGGAGGAUUUACACUGGGCUCACUGGCCGCUGCCACCGGGGCUACCAAUGGGUACCUGAGUGCGGCUUCCCCACUAGUAGCGAGUUCAUUAUUGGCCACCGAGAAGCUGGCUGAGGGUGCAAAGGAUGUAGUGGAGAUCGCCGUACCUGAGAACUUGGUGGGAGCUAUCUUGGGCAAAGGUGGCAAGACGCUCGUGGAGUACCAGGAACUGACGGGAGCCCGAAUCCAGAUCUCGAAAAAGGGAGAGUUUGUUCCUGGCACUAGGAACCGAAAAGUCACCAUCACAGGAUCACCUGCUGCAACACAGGCAGCCCAGUAUCUCAUCAGCCAGCGAAUCACAUACGAGCAGGGUGUGAGGGCCACCAAUCCGCAGAAGGUGGGCUAAAACAGAGAGAGAGAAGGAGUGGGGGAUGGAUGGAAAGAUACCGAGAAAGAAAAAGGAGGGCAAAAUUUUCGAAGGAAAUCAUCCACUACGUGCUACGUGCAUAUUUCAGUAUUAAAAAAAAAAAGAAGGAAAAUAGUCCACCUUGCAAGAAAAGGAGUCAAAAUAUGAAAACCAAGAAAAAACAUGUAAAAUGUAUAUAUGGGUUUAUUUCUUAAGUUUUCAUCUUUCAGGAUUUUUUAUUGGUUGAAAAUUUGGUUUAGCUUUUUUCAGUUUUUCUUUUUUGAGUUUAUUUUUUUUCUGGACAGUGGUGAAUGGUAUUUCAGACUGGCAUGCUUGCUGCAGCUCCCAGCAGGUGGUAAGGUUGGGGGAGAACAGGGUGAAGCAGUUGGACUUAAGCGUACCUGGAAUCAGCCCUGUACCCAUUGCCAGUCCCUUCCUAGCUGACAAGAUUAUUAUUAUUUUUUUAACUCCUCAGUUUAAUUGCCUACCCCUUUGUCCUUACAUGUGGGCCUGAUGAGACAGCAAACAAGUGCUUGGGUUUUAGACUUAGGGCAGAUUCACCUAUGUGGUCAGUGGUACGUUAUGCCACUUUACCCAUUGUCCAAGUCCUCAUAGGUCCCAACCAGCCCAAUCCCUGCAGAGCAGGCUGGGAUUGGGGGAGAGAGGGGAAGCUGAUUAGGCUCUCUCCUUCUAGCUACUAGCUAAAAACCUGGAGUUCUCUUUAAACCAGGUGCAUGCCAUGCAAUGCUAUUACAGAUUUAGCUAGCAGAAGGGAAGUUAGUAGAUCUGGUUGGGGACACAGGCCAAGCAUAAUGCACCUACUUGGUUCAAGUUAGUACCAGAGCAAACAGACAAUGUGGUGAUAUGCGUCUGGUAUUAAUCUAAAUGCUAUUAGUAGUAGUAGUAGUAGUUCUACUCUUAUUACAAAAAUCCUCACCAUUGAUAUUAUUUAUUAAUAUAAUUUCACCCAUAAGGACUGAGGUGUUUAAAAAAAUUUUUUUUAAAUUAAUCUGUGAAUUCAGGUUGACAUGAAUGUAAAGACAAUAUUUUGGAUUUAGUUUUUUAUUUAAGUGAAUUGAAUAGUAUGUCACAGUGUAAUAUAUGUCUUAUUUAAAGUCCAGUGACAACUGCACCGUCGGCACCAUCAGAGAGAAUAGGAGCAGGUAUAAUGUACUGUACGUUAAAAUUAAUACAUGGAACACACACAUGCAUACACACUCACAUAGGCACAUACAUUAAAAAGGGAACUACAUCUGACUAAAGGGUAGACAAAUCAGUGAAACUAGACAAUUCACAUAUAUACACGUCAAAUAUUUUAUAUAUAUAUAU